CGUCAGCGGUGGGAUAAAGAAUUCGAUUUGCCGGAUGACUAUGUUGAUCUAUCUUCACAUGGUGAUGAAGUCUGGGAGAGCGAAUGCAAUGAUGACUGUCGUGACCAUGAUAAUAAAUUUUGCGACGGACAUCCAUCACAUCAUCAUCACUAUCACCAUCAUCAUCAUCACUAUCACCAUCACCAUCAUCACCAUGGACCUGGUCAUGGCUACCCAGGGCAUAAUCAUGAGGAUGAUAGGGAAAAAGAUCCACGCUGUGGCUGCCCAGGGGAUGGAGGCCAUGGGGGAGGAGGUCGUGGAGAUGGAAAUGGAGAUGGAGACGGGGAUGACGACGGUUGUUCACCCCCAGGAAGAGGUGGCUGUCCGGGAGACGGAGGUGGAGACCCGCCAGAAAGGUGUCCCGGACAUGGGGGCCAUGGUGGAGGAGGCCAUCACGGAGGAGGCCAUCACGGAGGAUGCCCUCAUCUAGGCCACGAUCCCGACUGCCAUCAUGACUAUCCUGGCCAUGGAAGAGUUG